AUGGUGGACUUUUAUUUUUGCUUCACUAUCGUAUCCUUGCUUAUGUUUGCGAUCGCCGUUGUCGAUGUGGUUGCGUAUAAGCUUUAUUUGGGUGCCUACGUUCAUUACUUGGAUGCUCAUUCCCAACACCACACGGAUGUUGCUAUUCGCUCGGCCACGGGCAGAUACUUUCCCCCACCCGCACUACCUGUACCCGGGCCCGGAUACGCCAGUCGUUGA